AUGCCCGGGUCACAUUGCUCGCCAGUGAGUUUGACCACAACGAACAGAACCGAGUCGGACAGUGUGCGGCUUAAUAUCUAUGCAUUGCUUCUGCGUCUCGGAUUUGCUGGUCAAGAUCAUUUGUCCACGGAGGACAAGAUCACACUGAAAACGAUUGAACGGUAUUUUGAUCUGAAGACUUCGGAAGUUUGGACACAGAUUGAACAAGAAUUGAAACGGGAUGAUAUAAGACCGGUUACGCCGGAUAUGGAAAUGCUUCACCGUAUCCGUCAGUGGAACGACGAACAACGGGAGGCAAUCCAGAAGGCCCAGCAAGAGUUACGCGAUACGGCUGAGCAGGAAGCCCGAGCACGCGAACAAGCAGACUACAAUCGGGUAGGUGACUAA